AUUUAUUGUCAUGUCAAAAUUGUCAAAUAUCAUUGGUCACCGGUGGAGUCCGGACGACUAGGAAGUAGGAAUUUCUUGAGUUUCCAAUAAAGAGUUUGUUUAGGUUCCAACAGAAAUAUUCCAUCUUAACAUUAGCAAUGGAGGAUAUUCUCUCAAAGCUGCUUGUAUCCAACAGUAAAACUAUACAGGAGGGAACCAAAGAGUUGAAGGAGGCUUUCAAGAAACCUGAGGCGAUACCUGCUUUGUGCGAUGUAUUAGUAACAUCAACACAUCCUCAAAUAAGACAAUCCGCUGCUGUGCUCCUAAGGCGAAAACUCGGUAAAAAGCGCCAAUGGAGCAAAGUCAACAUAGAAAUUAGGAAUAGAAUCAAACAGGGUAUGUUGCAAGCCCUAGUUAAUGAACAGGAAAAACUAGUUAAGAAUUCCAUAGCACAGUUCAUUGGAAUAUUGGGAAAGCAUGAAUUUCCAGAUAAUUCUUGGCCAGAGAUCCUCCAGUUUGUUCAUACUCUCACUAGCAGUGAUACAAUUUUUGAUAAAGAGUUGGGAAUGUAUACUUUAUCUAUAAUGACAGAAGUAUCUCAAAGUUCCUACAUUAUACAUGCUGAAUCAUUCGCGGUUCUUUUCUCUAGCAUGUUGAAUCAAGUAUCUGACCCCAAAUCAAACUUGGCUUAUUAUACUGUAAUUACAAUGAAAAAUCUUGUAUCAGUUAUUGGAAGUCACCAACAAAUGAUAAAUGUGUAUCAUUCAUUGUUGCCAAAAAUAUUAGAGAUAAUCAAUAGCACUGCACAUGAAGAAGAUAAAAAGGCUUGUGAUAUGUUUGAAAUCAUUGAGGAACUGAUAGAAUUUGCAGUUAGUGUUGUUGUCCCACAUAUUAGACUCAUAGUCGAAAUGUGCCUUCAGAUAGCCAUUAACAAUUCUUUAUCGAAGAUUGUUCAAAUCAAAGGUAUAAGCGUCGUCGGAUGGUUGAUUCGUUCAAAGGGAAAGGUGGUGCAGAAAAAUAAAUUAGUGGAACCAAUAAUUGAUGUUCUGAUUCAACUGAUGGCUCAGCAGCCUGAGGACGAAGGAAACGAGGAAUAUUUUCUUGGAGAUCCAGACCAAUUUACAUCCAUAACUGUCGCAACUCAAACGUUGGAUCUGAUUGCUUUGCAUAUUCCUGCAGACAAGGUGAUUCCUUAUAUUUUGACCAAGGUGGAACCAGCUAUUCAAGGUUCCGACAUUUACGCUCAAAAGGCCGCUUACCUAGCCCUGGCCGUUUUAGCCGAAGGCUGUUCGGAAAAGAUCAGGAACAAGUACUUGGAGUCCUUCUUGAAGUGUGUCUGUACUGCCAUACACAACCCCAAUGCUGUAGUUAGGAAUGCAGCGUUUUUUGCUCUCGGACAGUUUGCAGAACAUUUGCAGCCCGAGAUCAGCCAAUUUGCCUCCGUGUUACUGCCGGUACUGUUCGAAUGUCUCGGUCAAAUUUUCACACAAAUGGAGAUCGAGAAGAAGGACCCGCCCAGCUUAGACAAGCUGUUCUAUGCGCUGGAAACGUUCUGCGAGAACUUGGACGACGGUUUGAUGCCCUACCUUCCGACGCUCAUGGAAAGGUUGUUCGUCGCCCUGGACCCGACCGCGUUCUCCAUGCAACUGAAAAGGGUAGCUCUGAGUACCCUGGGCAGUGUGGCGAGCGCCGUGAAAGAAGGGAUGCUGCCUUAUUUCGAGAAGACGAUCGAGAUAUUGAAUUUGUAUAUCAAUUCGGAUCCCAAUUCUGAAGUAUAUCAACUCCAGUGUUAUGCAAUAGAAUCUCUCGCAGUGAUUGCUCAGUUCAUAGGACCAGAUCAUUUCAAACCGUUAGCUCCUGACUCGCUACAAUUUGGUCUCAGGAUAUUGGAUCAAACUUCCGAUCCUGACUUGAAGAAAAGUAUAUAUGCCCUUUUCGCCGCUUUGGCAAUUGUUAUGAAGGAGGAGCUUAGUCCUGCUCUCCCAAAAAUUGUCAACGAAAUGAUAGAGAGUAUACAGAGUAGUGAAGGAAUAGUAACUCAUUUUGAAGAUGAAGAAAAGGAGGACGUAGACGUUUAUGCCGAUUUAUCAGAUGAAGAGGAAGACAUUGAGGAAGAUAUAGAUGGGUCUUCGACUGGUAGUGCUGAUUCGGCACAAUGUAGAUAUUCUGUGGAAAAUUCGUAUAAUGAAGAAAAAGAACAGGCUUGUCUGGCUUUGCGAGAGAUUUGUGUGCAUACCGGUUCCGCUUUUCUACCCUACAUCGAGAAGAGCUUCGAGGAGAUAUUCAAACUAAUCAACUACCCCCAAGACGACAUCCGCAAGGCCGCCGUGGAGGCGCUCCUCCAUUUCUGCAUUGCCCUCCACAAGUGCCAGACGCCGGAGGGCAAGCUGGCCCUCUACAAGGCGUUGCAGAUGUUCGUGCCCAAGUGUGCCGAGCUGAUCAGGAUAGACGAGGAAAGAAGCGUCGUCACUGUUUGUUUGGACGCGUAUGCGACGCUGUUGGAGGAGGUGAAGGGGGAUGUGCUGGUGGGGGAGGGACAUCGGGAGGCGAUCAUGAACUGCGUGGUGGAUGUGUUGAAUUUGAAGACUAUGUGUCAAGACACUGAUUUAGCGGAAGCCGAAAAUAACGAAGAAGAUACAGAAGCAGAACAAGAUGAGUUGUUAUUGGAAUCGGCUGGGGAUGUCAUUCCGAAAUUCUCCGCAGCGAUACCUCCAGACGAUUUUGUUACUUAUUUCCCGAAUAUAUUAACUCUGAUGUUAGCUAGAACUAAAAAACAGAACAGUUUGAGUCAAAGAUCGUUCGCUUUUGGAACAUUGGCUGAAUGUAUGAAAUCUCUACAUGUUUACGUUGAAAAAUUCGUGCCGACUCUGUUGACUAUGUGGUUGACUGGAGCUAGAGAUUCUGCUGAUGAAGUUCGAAAUAAUGCCAUUUUCGGUUUGGGUGAAAUGAUUCUACACGGAAAAGAAAAAGUAUUCAGUCAUUAUCCGGAAAUUCUGCAAGCCCUCUCUGCUGCAGUUUCCAAAGAAACUCACAGUGGAACCUUGGACAAUAUUUGCGGAGCUUUAGCCAAAAUGAUUCUUGUUAAUCCCAACGGAAUCCCUCUGGACCAAGUGUUUCCUGCAUUUUUGCAAAAACUUCCUUUGAGAGAUGACUUUCAAGAAAACGAAGCAGUUAUCAACUGCUUUUACAGUUUAUAUCAACAGGGCAACCCUGUUUUUCGACAACACUUACCGGGUGUAAUCAAUACAGCUGUGCAUGUAUUCUAUAAGGAACAGACUCCUAAUGAAGAAAUGUGUGCAGAAAUGCAACCCUCCUUAUGUCAAUACACGUGUUUGGGUACUUGAACUCAAUAGAAUUAGUUUGGUAAUGGAAGGUGACAAAUUCGAAUUUGGGACGACUUGGAACCUAUGUCCUAGAGGGCGCUGACUUGCUAACAAUUGCCAACACACUCAUCGACUCAAUCUUCUUAUUUUGAGACUUCUAGUAUUAUCUGUGCUCUAUAGCGGUUGACUUGACUCAUACUCAAUGGAAAUUCAUACUGAUUGUUCGAUAUUUCUCUGUGUCUAGAUGCAAAGAGAAUACUGACUGAAUUCAUAGUAAUGGUGAACAGGGACUUCCCGCAAGAACUGUCGAAUUCUGUGUCAUCCCUUGAACCAGCAGCUUCUGAAUCAAUUCGAAAAUUAUUGACAUCAUAACAUUUUCCUCUAUCGAAGAUAAUUUACUACUGGACAAAGCUUUAAGGUUGUCUGAAGGAGCUCUUUGAUUCAUUAAUUCAUUUAUUUAUUUUCCUUCGGAAAUUUGAAGUUAUUAUUAUUGAAUGUUAUUUUUAUAUGAAUUUGUAAAUAAGUUAUUGCUUUGAGUUUUAAGAUGUAAUGUUUUUAAAAAUAUAAUUGCUGAGCAUCGUU